AUGCUAUGCUGGCCAUGGAUCUCCAUCCGAUGUCAAUUUCAAAGCCACCCCUUUAUCCCACCUCCUCCACCAGCGCCGCCGCCGCCGCCGCCAUCGCCAUCAUCGACGUUUAUAUCACGGGCUAAAGCCCAAAUUUCAUCUUGCCGGCCAUGGCGAGAGGUAUUCGAUUUUCACGUCUUCUCUCUCCCCGACGGUUACGCCGACGGGUUUGCUCGAAUCCGGCGGAAUUCCAAUUACUUCAGAGUAAAUUACGCCCUGACUAUGCUUUUGAUUCUUUUCCUCGGCCUCCUUUAUCAUCCGAUUUCAAUGAUAGUGUUUUUGGUCGUUUUUGUUGCCUGGCUAUAUUUCUAUUUCUGGCGGGAAUCGUCGAAUGUAGUAGUAGUGUUGAAUAAAUCGAUUGAUGAUCGUGUUGUUCUUGUUGGGUUGAUUGUGGUUACAAUUGUCGGUUUGGUUCUUACGAGUGUGGGUUUGAAUGUUUUGGUUUCUUUGGUAAUUGCUGUCGUUGCUAUUGGGUUACAUGCGGGGUUUAGAAAUACUAAUGAUUUGUUCUUGGAUGAACAUGAUGCUGCUGCUGUUGAAGGUGGAUUGAUGUCGGGUAUUGUUUAG